UGGCCGUGUGCGGUGCGGACUGUGAGUGCGUCUGUGAGUGGGGGGCGAGAGAGAUAAUAUGUACAUUUGGUGUUUUUAUUUAUAUGGGACUCCGCGUAUAUGCCAGCUUAAAUAAAUACACAUGUGUGUACGUAUAUUUUUUAUAGCCUGCGAACAAAAACAACAACAAUGUGGGUCGUGCAUAUUGAGCGUAUGUAAAUAACAACAGAUAAAUGCCAAAAAUCUACUACACUUUUAUAACCAAAACACACAGAGCGCGUGAGAGAAAGGCAGCGAAAGAGCGGCGAUAACAGUGCGAAGAGACCACCCCCGCCGCGAAGAGAGCGUAAGGGAGCGGCGGUUAGAAGUAUCUUCAAGAUACACCAACACUAAGAGAGCUGUAUCUGUAUUUGUAUCUUCUUGUCUGCCGUUUUCGUCGUAUAAAUUGAGCCGCACUUUGCCUAUUCUCGUGUUUUUGCCGCUCAGACGUCGCUGUAAGUGCACACGCGUCGCUCGAAUUUUUCGGUUACGUUCCGAAUCGGUUUCGUUUUCGGUUUCCAGUACCUCCAAUUACCGCACACGCUUGAAUGGAAAACUGUCUGAAAGAUACUUGUGCCCAAGAACGCAGCUUAAACCCUUGAAUCGGAAAAUAUCUCCAGUUAAAGGAGGAAACUCAACGUUUUGCCAACAAAUUUAAGUUCUAAAACUGAAAAAAUAUUUAAAAAAUAUCUAUAUAGAUAUCCUGCUCUUGUUUAAUACUCAAAAUAAUAUAAAUUGUUUGAAAUUGCACAAUUUUAAAAUAUAACUCUGUUAACGCAGUUUUAAAACCAUUAAAAAACUGUUUAAUAACCAAGAAAAUCCUAAUAUAAUUCCAUAAAAUCGCUGAUUACAAGUUGAAGUGCCAAAUAUAUUUUCAGUGAGUGCUUGAAAAAUUGUUUCAUUGAAACCCAGCCGCAAAUACAAUUUUCAAUUGGUUGUGUGCGUGUUUUCAAGGCACAAACAUACAAAUAUAGCAUUUAAUUUUGUCCAUUAUGUGUGCAAUUAAAUAAAAAAAAUUCUGUGUGUGAAAAAGCAAAAAAACAGAGCGGCGAACGGAGGCAGUAACAAAUUAGACGCGUAAAUUGCGUAGCAAAUUCUGAAUGAAAAAAUAACAUCAAAACCAGAAAGCGAAACAGGAGCGAUAAGCACCCAACACUGCCAUAUUGCAACAAAGAAUAUAGAACUGUUAUCAGAAACCAGAUCAACGAAUCUACCUCAUUUUCUGGGCCAACAAGCGAGAGUGAACUGGAUUAAAAGCGACAGCACAGUUUCCGAGCAACGUAAAAAUGGAACAGGCAAUAACCAAGAGGACAUAGAGGAGAGCCACUGAGCAGAACCGUUGAGAUUACCCAUUUGAGAUCGACAGAAGCCCCGAAGACAGAUCAAAACCCCUUUCGUAUUUCGAUUCUCGAACACCCCUGAAAGCCAAGAUGACAAAAAGCAGCAAUGGCGACGUGGAGGCGGCAGCGCAGGUCCAGUCGGCGGCGGGAAAACCCAGCAACGGACACGGCCAGCUGAACGGGAAUGGCUACCACCAGAACGGCGGACGUCGCGACUCCAGCCAGGCAUUCACGCCACUCUUGGCGCAGCACAACAAUGGCAACGCCACUCCCAAUGGGGAGGUGACCACUCCGCCGCCGAGCACCACGGUGCUCUACGAGAGCACGCCGAGCAACAACAACGAGUGGAAGACGCCGGGGGACUUCCCAAAGAACGGCAUGGGCAACCUGCUGAGCAGCAACAACAACGGAACCGGAAACGGUCACAGUCUCAGCGAAAAGUAUGCCCACGAACAGGCUCCCCUGACGGGUGGCUACAAGUUGCCAGCGCGCAGCAGCGAAUCCGAGGAGUCCGACUUCGACUCCGACCUGAACGGCAACACCUCCGCGGACUCCAGCUCCAGCUGCGGCCUCUUCGGCUGUAGGCCUCGAUGGGCCAGGAGAUUCGCGUCGACGCACGUGUUCAUGGUGGUCUUCCUGCUGGCGUACAUCCUGCAGGGCAUGUACAUGACCUACUUCGUCUCCGUGAUCACCACCAUCGAGAAGCUCUUCCAGAUCAAGUCGAAGACCACGGGCAUCCUGCUGAGUGCCAGCGAGAUGGGCCAGAUCUGCACGGCCAUGCUGCUGACCUACUUCGCGGGCAGGGGUCAUCGCCCCAGGUGGAUUGCCUGCGGCAUGGUCCUCUUCUCCAUCGCCGCCUUCUCCUGCGCCCUGCCGCACUUCAUCUUCGGCGAGCAGCUGAUGCACUCCAGCGUGAUCCUGCAGCAGACGCAGCAGGUUGCUCCUGCCGGGGAUUCCUCCUCAUCUCUUUGGCUGAACGCCAGCAGGGAGCAGGUGAACCCCAAUCUAUGCAUCCUGGGUGGCAACCAAACGGUGUCGGGCAGCGAGUGCAACGAGGAGCGCCAGCUGGAGCAGGCCUCCCACUCCAAGAUCACCGUCAUCGUGCUCUGCAUCUUCUUCGGCAGCCUGCUGAGCUCGGGCAUCGGCCAGACCGCCGUGGCCACCCUGGGCAUUCCCUACAUCGACGACAACGUCGGCAGCAAGCAGUCGCCCAUGUACAUGGCCGUCACCAUCGGCAUGCGGAUCCUGGGACCCGCCUCCGGCUUCAUCUUCGGCAGCUUCUGCACGCGCUGGUACGUGAACUUCUCCAAUCCCGGCUUCGAUGCCACCGAUCCGCGCUGGAUCGGCGCCUGGUGGCUGGGGCCCGUGGCCAUCGGCAGCCUCAUGCUGCUCGCCUCCAUCGCCAUGUUCUCGUUCCCCAAGCAGCUGCGGGGCAAGCAGCAGUCCCAAUCCCAGGCGGCCACCUCGCCAGCAGCUCCCGCUGAGCCCGAGGAGAAGCCCAAGCUGAAGGACUUUCCCAAGACGGUGCGCCGUCAGCUGAGCAACGACAUCCUGAUGUUCCGCACCGCCUCGUGUGUGUUCCACCUGCUGCCCAUCGCCGGUCUGUACACGUUCCUGCCGAAGUACCUGGAAACCCAGUUCCGACUGGCCACCUACGAUGCCAACAUGAUCGCCGCCUUCUGCGGGAUCCUGGUCAUGGGCAUCGGCAUCGUCAUCUCCGGCUUGUUCAUCCUGAAGCGGAAGCCCACUGCCCGGGGCGUUGCAGCCUGGAUCGCUUUCACAGCCCUCGUUUACUCCGCCGGAAUGAUCAUCCUGAUGUUCAUCGGCUGCAGCAUGAACGACUUCGCCGGCUACAAGCCAAGCGAUGGCAACAGUCCCGCUCUGAUCGAGCCCACGUGCAGCGCCGCUCUCAACUGUACCUGUGAUAAGGAGAACUUUGCGCCCAUCUGCGCCGAUGGCAAGAUGUACAUCUCGGCCUGCCACGCCGGAUGCAGUAGCUCCUCGCUGCGGCCGAGCGACAAUCGCACCCUCUACUCGGACUGUGCUUGCAUUCCAGAUGCUCCGGAGGCGGUCAACGGUUACUGUGAUAAUAACUGCAAGAACUUCAUCUACUUUAUACUGAUCUUUGCCAUUUGCGUAUUUAUGCAUUCCACCUCCGAGGUGGGCAGCAUGCUGCUCGUCAUGCGCUGCACACAUCCGAAAGAUAAGGCCAUGGCCAUGGGAGUGAUUCAGUCGGCCAUUGGGUUGUUCGGGAAUGUUCCGUGUCCGAUCAUCUACGGUGCAGUGGUGGACUCCGCCUGCCUCAUCUGGAAAUCCGUGUGCGGCAAGCACGGAGCCUGUUCGCUCUACGACGCAGACACCUUCAGGCAAUACUUCCUAGGGAUCACAGCUGGCAUUAUGUUCCUGGCAUUCCUGAUGGACCUGGUGGUGUGGCGCAAGGCGCACCGCAUCGACAUCGCGCCGGAGGAUCCGCAGGAGGGCGGGCCCGCGCCCCACGGAAGGUCCUUGGAGGCGUCCGAGUCCAAGCAGCCCAUCACACCGGCGCCGGACACGACAGUCUAGGGGGAGCGGGACGGCGACGAGCCUGGCACCUGCUGCAGGAUUUCCAAUAAACGUUUACCUUAAUUGUUAAUUAGUUAUCAUUUUGUCUAGUUUGUUAGCCUAGUGCAAGAGUUAUGUAUUUAGUUAAGUGGCAUCUUCGAGCGUCGGGAGACCUCAUAAAAAUCUAUAUUAGAACGCGCUCGUCCAGCCCCCCGAACCCGCUCCAAGUCCCUGCUCCAUAUUCUACAUAAUACCUAUAACCUACGAUUAAAAUCGGUGUAAAUCUCAACGCGAAAAGAAGAAAUGAAAUUCUAGACAUUAUUAACUUCAUGCAUGAGCGUAAUUAAACGACAAAAAUAUUAAGAGCAACUUAUCGAAAAAUUGUGCAAACGGCAAGAAAAUUGAUAAAUCUUUAUGUGUAACUAUAUGUAACAGCUAUAUCACGAUGUACGUAUAUCUGUAAUUAAUAUAUUAGACGUAUACAUUUAAAUGUAUGUAUGUAAUUGCAACCUAUCUGUGGUAGUUAAAUUUUAGUUAAAAUUCAAAUUAAAUGUCUAAGUUUGUCAUACAACAAAAAUAUACGAAAAGAAAUUAAACGGAAAACUAUAUACACUA